AUGGCUUUGCAACGGUUGAGGAAAAAACAUAGAACAAGACAAGAAUUGCUCAAAGCUCUUACUCCCCGAACACGGUCCAUCCAUUUGAGCCCAAAUGAACACUCAAAUGGUAGUGCUGGUUCAAAUGCGGAGGUUUUGUCUCAUAUUAAACAGAUAUUGUCGUUGGCGGCUAAUUCCUUAGAGCAGCACCAACAGCCUAUUUCAAUAAUUUUUGAUAACAAAACAAAAGGCAACUCCGGUGGCAACAAAGUUUCCACGACACUGGACUUCCCCUUGACUGGCCCGCACCUGUUUACUCACCAGUUCAAAUUGAAAAGAUGCUCCAUCCUUCUAAACCUAUUAAAGAUCGUUAUGGAAAAAUUGCCUCUAGGCCAAAACACUACGAUAAGGGACAUUUUCUACUCCAAUGUAGAGCUGUUCCAGAGACAAGCAAAUGUAGUACAGUGGCUGGACGUCAUAAGGUUUAACUUUAAACUUUCCCCACGAAAAUCGCUAAAUAUCAUACCCGCUCAGAAGGGUCUGAUCUAUUCGCCGUUCCCAAUAUAUGUUUACGACAGCAUCACAAAAUGUGAGGAUGAGUUCCAAGUCGAGAAACAGACCGUUUCUCCCGGCAAGCCCUGCUUGAUUCCAUUUUUUCAAGAUGAAGCAGUCAUUAGACUAGAGACAACGAGCCAUUGCAAUAUCGUAAUUGUGGAAAAGGAGGCUGUGUUCACCAAACUGGUAAGCAAUUAUAACAAGUUGAACGCAAACACUGUAUUGAUUACCGGUAAGGGGUUCCCUGAUUUCUUGACAAGGCUGUUUCUGAAAAAACUUGAACAGGAUUGCUCCAAUUUGAUCUCGAACUGUUCUAUAUUCACCGAUGCUGAUCCUUAUGGGAUUAGCAUUGCUCUAAAUUACAUCAACUCCAAUGCAAACGCCUCAUAUAAUUGUCCGAUGGUUAAUUACAAAGGUGUUUACAUUACACAGAUCUUGGCACAAAAUAACAGGACGGGGAGCAAAUUCGUCCAACUAUUAAGCCUAAAUCAGCGCGAUUAUUCGUUAGCCAAGAAUUUGGUAGUUUCACUGACUAACAACGGAGGGGGCGUUAUAUCAUCGCCAUUUAAAAACUUCAUCAUAGAGUGCCAACGGGAAAUUUUUUUCCAAAAGAAAGCUGAAAUGAACGAAAUUGAUGUCAGUAUGUUUCGAUUGCAGUAG